AUGUCGAUUGAGCCAACAAGGUCACAGCAAUGGCUUCAUCAUGAUUCACAACUGGCUGCCGAUGCUGGGGUAACAUUUGAACUUCAAUAUGUUGGUGCCAUCCCAGUGCUGACAUCCAUAAAAUCUGUGAAUAUAAAUAUCAGAACUCGAAUUUGUCGUGCAUCAAUACGUCGUGUAUGUGAAGAUGUUGGUCUAAAACUACCAAGUAACCAACCACCUGACAAGUCAAUAAAACAGUUCAUUGGCCCAUCCACUGAUAUGACAUGGGCAAUGGCAAACGUAUACCUUACAAUCACAUCACAAACACUAACUGUUGAAACAAUCGAUAAUGGUGUGUUAUUAUUCCAGCACAACCUAUUCCUGGUUUCUUUUGCUUCCACUGGGGAUGCAGAUACACCAGAUUUCAUUUGUUUGUGGCCAAAACAGAUCAAGACACUCGAUGUAAUUAUUACAAUCGGACAAGCAUUCCAGUUAGGAUAUCAGGUAUCUGCCAAUACCAGUACUUCCCUAUCAAAAGAGAAUACGACAUUAAAUCAAAAUACUUCUAUGCCUGAUAAUAAUGUUACUCACCAACCAGUAGUUUUUGAUAAUUUUAUGGAUUUUGAAGAUAGUGCAUGGCAUCUUGUUAACGAAAUUUCUUCGGGUAGUCAGACUGAUAAUGCAGAAUGCAAUAAGCCAUCCUGUGGCACUACAAAAAAUUCCACCCAAUCUAAUCAAAAUGAUUUAACACAACAGCCUUCCUGCAACAUUAAUAAAGUCGCUGGUGUCAAAUCAAUGUCUAAUGUAAAGGCACCAGUUGGACUUCCAAAUUUUGAACAUUUAGAACCAGUAGGUGAACCUUGGUAUGUUGGUAAAAUGUCCAGAUCACAAGCCGAAAAUUUAUUGCGUUAUGAUGGGGAUUUUCUUGUACGUGCUAGCAUUCAGCAGCCUGGUCAGUUUGUACUAAGCGGCCUUCAAGACGGAAAAUAUAGACAUUUGUUACUGGCCGAUCCCAAUGGAAAGGUACGUACAAAAGAACGAGUAUUUGAUAGCAUACAACAUCUUAUUGAUUAUCACCGAAAUAAAAUUAAUAUUUCCGGUAUCUACACAUACAUUUUGCAUUUCUUAAUUCGAUUCCGCAUGAUCUUUGACGUAGGUGCGCAAUUUAGUGAUAAUAUACCAACAACUCAACUUUAUCUCUGUGAUCUAAUAACUUUAUUUUAUAUCCCAUGCUUAUAUUGUUAA